UUACUAGUCCUGUAUUAGUGGACCGAUAUAGCUCUCUGUAGUGAAGGGCAAAACCAUUUUAACAAUUACAUCUCAGUCCCCAUUCACCCGAAAACGACUUCCUGGCUACUAUGGUAUAGCCCUAUACAUUGUUGAUAUGUUCGGGUUGACUUGCUCAUUAUCAAGCAACAGCCAGUUUGUGUAACUGUAAAAAUAAUCCACUAGUGGACUCGUUUUAUGAAUGCUUGGAUUGUGAAACUGAAAUAGAUUGGUAGCUAGUUGGUGAGGCUUUUGAUUAAUUUGCCAGUUAAUUAACCUGAAGCUGGAAUUCCCAAGUUGUUCGGUGCUUUACCGCUCAUGCCCGCGAGCAAGCGAAACAGGCGGCUCCGCAGCGCAUCAGUGUGACGUUACACAUCUGACCUCAACUCAUAAAUAUGAAUGGAUUUGCCUCCGGCUGUCCUACGAAAGGAAAUUUCCCAUAAGGGACGCUAGUUGCAUGGAGGAUUUAGAAACGGAAACAACCACCGGGGUAGCAAUCGAGCACGCUCAUUUUUCAACACAUAUUAAGGAAUAUAGAUUAAGUGUGUUUUUGGACGCUGCACCAGGCUUCAUUGUUGACAAUAUGACUGAGCGUCGAAGAUUACCGUUCGAUUUGAGCAGGACGCGCCUCCCGCAACGGCUUCGACCGUCACCUUUACGGGCCAUAGCCCGGUUUAACCCGGGGCAGCUUAAUCGAAUUCCCCCGUUGAAAACAUGUAUACAUAUUGCAUUGGUUCCCGAAUGCUUAAGAAGACACUACAUACUACUGCUGUGUGUGGUAGUAGUGGGGUGUACUGUGGCUGUCAUAAGUCUGUUUGCCCAGAAAAACUAUCAAAUUGCACAGAGACAGCAGUCAAAUAUUGAACCCUCUGCGGCAGAGAGAGAAGAGAUGAAGUCUCUGAAAUCAGAGGACUACGGCGUUCUUCUGAAUAUGAUUUUAAAGCAGGAAGGGUGGAGGUAUAUCAACUCCAGUUUGUACUACAUCUCUACUGAGACCAAGUCCUGGGGUGAGAGCAGACCUUACUGCCAACGAAAGGGAUUGGACCUGGUGACCAUAAACAGCAAAGACGAAGAGGACUUUCUCCUUGACGUGGUCCGUGCAAAGAAAUUGGAUGUAGUCUGGAUUGGUUUUUCUCCCAACAACACAAAGGAGAUAUCUACACGGGUGAAGAGAGGUGCGGGGCCAGAAGAAGAUGCUCAGGAAGAGGACUGUGCUAAGCUUAUGGUAUAUGAGACACCUGCAGUGAAAGAAGUAACCGGGAGACAAUGUGGGACACAAAAAUACUGUAUUUGUGAAAAAUACCUGGAUGUCAAAUACAAUGUAAGCAAGAGAAACCGUUAACUGGUUCUUCUGAAAGGAUUCUACUUCUUUUUAAAAAUGGAGGGAACGACUGCUAGCUUCAAUGUUUCUUUUUAAAAAUGGAGGGAACGACUGCUAGCUUCAAUGUUUCUUUUUAAAAAUGGAGGGAACGACUGCUAGCUUCAAUGUUUCUUUUUAAAAAUGGAGGGAACGACUGCUAGCUUCAAUGUUUCUUUUUAAAAAUGGAGGGAACGACUGCUAGCUUCAAUGUUUCUUUUUAAAAAUGGAGGGAACGACUGCUAGCUUCAAUGUUUCUUUUUAAAAAUGGAGGGAACGACUGCUAGCUUCAAUGUUUCUUUUUAAAAAUGGAGGGAACGACUGCUAGCUUCAAUGUUUCUUUUUAAAAAUGGAGGGAACGACUGCUAGCUUCAAUGUUUCUUUUUAAAAAUGGAGGGAACGACUGCUAGCUUCAAUGUUUCUUUUUAAAAAUGGAGGGAACGACUGCUAGCUUCAAUGUUUCUUUUUAAAAAUGGAGGGAACGACUGCUAGCUUCAAUGUUUCUUUUUAAAAAUGGAGGGAACGACUGCUAGCUUCAAUGUUUCUUUUUAAAGGGAGGGAACAACUGCAUUUUCCAAGAAGCAACUGUUAGUCAUUCCAGUUAGGUUGGUGAGGGUUUUUUACCCUGAAAUACACAUCUGCACCGUAUAUUAAGAAAAGUUAAAAGGGUAGUUUUCUGUGGUAGGAAACCCCCCCCCCCCUGCAUUGUUCCAAUACGCAAAAGCACUUUCAGUCAAUAAGCUUUCCAUUUUAGCCAGCCAGUUUUCAACUGAAGUCAAUGGGCAGAUGGAUACAAUGGGCAGAUGGAUAAAAAACGUUUUUGUUUUAAAGUAAACAUAAAUAUUUCACGUAAAAACAACAUUUAGUAAAACAUUGUUUAGACGGGAAGCUGACACAGCAGGGUAGGAACACACACCUUACACACACACAUUGUGUUUAGAUGGGGGGCUGACACAGCAGGGUAGGAACACACACCGUAUACACACACACAUUGUGUUUAGACGGGGGGCUGACACAGCGGGGUAGGAACACACAUCGUACACACACACAUUGUGUUUAGACGGGGAGCUGACACAGCAGGGUAGGAACACACACCGUACACACACACAUUGUGUUUAGACGGGGAGCUGACACAGCAGGGUAGGAACACACACCAUACACACCAUACACACACACACCAUACACACACACCUUCAGCCUCUCUCAAGUCAUUGGUAAAGGGCUGAAGGACAAUCAGCCUCCAUCUAUACACAAUGUUUCACUAAAUGUUUUUUGUCUGACAUGACAUUUUUCUUUAAAAAAAACAACAGUUUUUUAAAAUCAAUGUGUCCAUUGACUUCAGUUAAUUAGCUAACGUGCUAAAUCUGGCACACAAACUGCAAUGUUGAUCGAUGUUCAAAUGAAAUGAAAUGAAAUGUAGUUUGGGCUACAAGGGGAGGCAACCCUGGUGGCUUGGAUUUAGCCAAUCACAGGGCUAAGAUAUAUUUUAUUAGUUCCUGUUAUAUUCCAGGAACAGGGUUACCUUCCCCUGUUCCAUGUACAGAAGAGAAUGUGAGGUAUUAUAAAAUAAUACCAGUUUUAUUUUUUAUAUUUUUCAUACUGUAAAUAAAAAUCCUUUAUUCUAA